CUUGGAAGGGGCUGUAGAGCACUGCUGUGCAGGAGCUGACACCUGGGUGACACCUGGGUGUCCGUGUGUUCCCACCUCGGCCCCAGAGCACUGCACCUGUGAGGCUGAGCUACUGAGGUGAUGGAUUUUGACCUGCUGGACUUCCCAGUCGGGUUCAGGAUCCAUGUGAAACCCAGAUCCAAGCCUGUCUUCUGCAGGGGAAAGCUGGGGGAAAAGCUUCAAGGUCCAUGUCUUUAUUACUCCCUGGAUGAUCCCUACAGCCACCACCUCAGCAUAGAGUACAACUGCCUGCAUGACCCCCACCUGCGGGACUACCACCAUCGCAAGGAUGUCCUGAAGUUGCUGAGGAGACAGGGCUUUGUCACCCGUGACAAUAACGUGGUUUGCACUGUGAAGGAGUUCAAUCAGUACAGGGACUAUCUGACCAGGCUCAAGCUACAGGCAGAGGAGAUAUUGGGACGGCCAGAUGUGUUUUCAUGGGCAGAGGAACAACUAACUGCAGCAGAAGCCCAGAAGCUCCAAUGUCUGGUCAAUACGGUUGCACACAAAGUGUUUGGGAAUCUGAGGGUUCCUCAGGAUCAGCAUGUCACCUUUUUAAGGAGGGCUGCCCGAGGGAUCAGAGGGCAGUCUUCUCACAUCUGCAGGAAACCCGGGCCUUUUGAGAAACCUCUAAGACGCCAGCAGAAAAUAGAAGUGGUGGCCCAAGAGCUUGUAGCGAUGGUGUUGGAGGACUUGGGGGACCAUCUGGAAUCCAGAACUGCUAAGGCAGAGGCAGCAGCCAGACCUGUUGAUAGAGGAACCACCCGAGCAGACAAAUCCAAGGAAGCUUCAGACAGAGCACGUUUACACACUUGGCUUGACAAACUCACCCAAGAAGCUGUUAAUAGUGCUCGCUUCUUCUUGAAAUCCUACCUAGCUCUUUGGUUAGAAAAACGCUCUACCUCUGAGUACACUGAAAUCCUGGGGCUUCACAGCAAAAAGGUGUCCAAGAAAAAGCUGCAGUCAGGAGUCCCCAGAGCAUCUGAACAGCAGAGGCUGGAAGCAAGCACAGGAGCAAAGUUGCCUGCCUUAGAACCACAGCAGCGUGCAGAAGGAACUGGCUAUGACAAAACCUUGGAGGCUGACAUUCUUGCAACAGUGGAGGAGAACUUGGAGAGAGAAAUUAAUCCAACAGCCUUAGCCAGCACUUUGGAUAUAAAGACCAUGGCAAAGCGGAUUGUUCAGUCUUUAUUGGAGCGACUUGGUCAACUUGAGACUGCACCAAACCCCAAAGGAAACUUCCAAGGGCCUGCUGCAAACCCACCCACACCCCAAGGUGGAAAUGAGAGUGAUGCUGCUGAGGACACCCUCCCCUCUGGGGACCCAGAGUGUCCCCACCAGCCCGUCCCUCCGGCGGGGCCGAAGCCCCCUGCCCAGGCCGGAGCACGGCACAGAGCUGUGCGCCCACAGCCCGUCUGAGGAGAGCGAGGUGUGUGGCAGGAGAGGUGAAGAGCCCCCGGACAGCACUCACAGACCCAUGCCCUUGUUUUGUCAAUAAAGAGUUUACUGCCAAGGG